AUGAGGAUGCAACCUUUGCCCUCCCCGCCAUGCAGUGGUUGGUGGCUUGAGGCUGCAAGAUUGGCCUCGACAUCCGUGCCAUAUGUCAAUACCCGCCAACGUUUAAUACGGAAGUUGGUGCUAUUCGCACAAAUAGAAGAGUCUAGUCCCAUAGACAUAUCUAGGGACGAACCGGCCUUUUUUUUUGGUAUGCACCUCAGACACGGAACGGCAGCGGGGGACCGCAUGUUGCUGCUGUUGCUGCGGUUGUUGCAGUCGCUGCCGUCUGGUAUAUUCAUGGGGGCUCUCGCUCUGGCCGAGCGCAUAUCAAGGUCAGGGCAGGUUGUGCCUGCGAGGACGAGUCCUGGUCCAGGAGAAGAAGCACACUGCUGGGCAACGACGAGGACUCUGUCGGCGGAAUCCGGCGGCAGAGCAAAGAGGCUGAUCGUGCUUGCUCCGCAAUGGAAAGCUCACUUCCAGCUGGUCUGUGGUGUCUGGCGUCCGGCGUCCGGGCAGCCCUGGCCGGUGUGGACUCGUGGCCCGGCCCAUGGGCAUACAUCCACCAGGGGCCUCUCGCGUCUCGCUCGCUCGCUCCCGUUUGAGCAGCACCAGCGUACUUGUUCAUUUAGGGCAAGCACACCACGGAAUCGCCUCAGGACGGGGUCGCGCGGGAUCCAUCCUGUUACUAAUGACAUAGCUCCUGUGGCUACCGAGGGGCCGUCUCGCUCUGGGCUUUUUGGUUCUGGCGUGUCACGGGUCUGGACGGCAAGUCCGCAAUUCUGGCACCACUCGCAGGGGUGGGUGGCGAUGGGGGCGCCGGUGGCAGACGGGGCUUCCAGUGCGUGGGAACAGACGGACGGCUUGAACGGCUACCGGAUCAGUAAUGCUGCUUUGCCGGGUGGCUGGAGAGAGGGGCCCCUUCGCCGGGCCGGGCUGGAGAAUGCUCGCCCAAGGCUCGGGGCUGGCGGGCGGGCGGCGACUCGUGUUGAAGCUUCGGGGGGCGGCUAUCGGGCGGGAAUGGGGCGGGAAUUUCUCGGCGUCCGCGUCGCCGGGGCCUGCAGCUCGAAUUGCAGUGAACCUGAUCCCCGUAGUCACCAGUACAGCGCCGCCGCCCAGCCGCAGCUCAGCACAGCGACAACGCCCGGGAGGCUCCGGAACGGCGGGCGCGCGCACACACGCAGACACAUGGCAUCCCUGGCGGCGCGUGGCACCAGCUGGCUUGCGGUGCGGCCGAGACUGUUGUUAGUGGCUGACAUCAUGCCUGUCCCCGUCCUGUCCUGCCCGUCCCGUCAGCGCGCAGCGGGUUCUAGUAGCGCACAAAGCUCGGGAUGA